AUUUUCUUGGCGUCCCUUGACCAAGCUACCUGGAGUUCUUCCUCCUGCCGUCUGUACAUCAGUAUAAAAGUCCCCCGACGAUCAAUGUCCAGUUCCACAAUUUGCCUGGUGCAAACACAUACUCCCUCUUAUUCGAGCUGGUCUCUGAUUUCUAAUCCUCUUCUUACCAUAACAAACCUUCCGAUGUCUCCUUCCUUCGUACCUUCCAAACUCCAGACUAUUGCAGCUGUCGUGCUUAUCCUUUCAUCCUCGUUCUUUGGGGUUAACGCAGUUCCAAUCGACGUAUCUUCUGCGUCGACUUCAGACACGCCAUCGCGACACAGUCAUGUGGACUCAAGCGCGACGAAUUCGAUUUCUUUUAGGGUAUGCCUAUGUUAACACGGAUGUCGGCACAGAUUUCAACGCAGCUACCCAAUUCACACGCUGUUCAUUUUGAAGAGGGACCUUUAGGCAAUGUCGGAGAA